CUCCUCCCACCAGGUCUGAAGGAGGCUUCUGCAGCUGAACUUUAGAGGAGGGAGAUUGGGAGAGUUAGGUCAUUUGGAAAGGAAAAAAAACAUUCAAAGUUACCCUUUUCAUCAUGGCAACUGCAAUUCUGAGGUCUGUUUGGAAGAAUAGGGUACCUGUACAGGUGGGGCGGAUGUGCUACUCCUCCUCUUCAGUGCCUACAACUAAGCUAUUUAUUGAUGGAAAGUUUGUUGAAUCAAAGAGCUCAGAGUGGAUUGACAUCCACAACCCUGCCACCAAUGAAGUUAUCGGGCGUGUUCCAAAGGCCACCCAGGAGGAGAUGCUGGCCGCUGCGCAGUCCUGUAAAACAGCCUUCCGGAGCUGGGCUGAGACCUCCAUCCUGAGCAGGCAGCAGGUCUUCCUCCGAUACCAGCAGCUGAUCAAGGAGAACCUGAAAGAAAUAGCCAAGAUAAUCACCCGGGAGCAGGGGAAGACUCUGGCCGAUGCAGAAGGAGACGUGUUCCGAGGACUGCAGGUGGUCGAGCACACCUGCAGCAUUACGUCUCUAAUGCUGGGGGAGACUCUACCCUCCAUCACUAAGGACAUGGACUCCUACACCUACCGGCUCCCCCUGGGGGUGUGUGCUGGCAUCGCACCCUUCAACUUCCCUGCCAUGAUCCCGCUGUGGAUGUUCCCGAUGGGCUUGGUGUGUGGAAACACCUACCUGAUGAAGCCCUCGGAGCGAGUGCCUGGGGCCACCAUGCUGCUCGCCAAGCUGCUGCAGGACUCGGGCGCCCCCGAUGGCACGCUGAACAUUAUUCACGGGCAACAUGAUGCUGUGAAUUUUAUCUGUGAUCAUCCUGCUGUCAAAGCCAUCAGCUUUGUGGGAUCAAACCAGGCUGGGGAGUACAUCUACGAGAGAGGGUCCAAGAACGGCAAGAGGGUGCAGUCCAACAUGGGAGCCAAGAACCACGGAGUAGUGAUGCCCGAUGCUAACAAGGAGAACACGCUGAACCAGCUUGUGGGGGCAGCGUUCGGAGCUGCAGGCCAGCGCUGCAUGGCACUCUCCACAGCAAUCCUAGUGGGGGAGGCAAAGAAGUGGCUGCCAGAGCUGGUGGACAAGUCCAAAAAACUCAAAGUCAAUGCAGGUGACCAGCCAGGGGCAGACGUGGGUCCCCUGAUCUCCCCGCAGGCCAGAAACCGCGUGAGCGAGCUGAUCCAGAGCGGAGUGGACGAGGGUGCGACACUGCUCCUGGACGGCAGGAGCGUGCAGGUGAAGGGCUAUGAAAGGGGCAACUUUGUGGGACCCACCAUUCUGGCUAACGUCAAGCCUCACAUGAAGUGCUACACUGAGGAGAUCUUUGGGCCGGUGCUGGUAGUUCUAGAGGCAGACAGUCUUGAUGAAGCCAUCGAUAUAGUGAACAAUAACUGCUAUGGUAAUGGAACAGCCAUCUUCACCACCAAUGGAGCUACAGCACGCAAGUACACACACGGAGUCGACGUUGGGCAGAUUGGUGUCAAUGUACCGAUCCCUGUCCCUCUGCCCAUGUUCUCUUUCACUGGCUCUCGAGACUCAUUCAGAGGAGAUACCAACUUCUAUGGGAAACAGGGAAUUCAGUUUUACACCCAGAUCAAGACUAUCACGUCCCAGUGGAAGGAGGAAGACUCCACUUUGGGAAGCCCUGCUGUCGUUAUGCCCACCAUGGGACGCUAAGGACAUCCCCCUCUGACAGACACAAACAUGCAUAAUACAGACAUAGACUCGCUGGAGGAAGAAAAUCACAAGCAAACAAAACAAAUGAGCCUUCAUGUCUAGAUUGUAUGAAGGGGUGAUUAUGAGUGUUUAGGGGUUUGAUCCAUCAGUGAUUAAAGUCCAGUGUAACAUCUGGGCCUGUUUCCAGUGGGUGGCUGACUGUGUUUGGUGCUUACCUGUGAUUGUAGUAUGUAUUGAAAUUGUGAAAUCACCUCGUCAUUUGUACACGUAUUGACCUCCAAAGCGAGGACACAUGGAUUGAGUAAUGCAACGAAAACACAUCUGUUUCAUAUUUGGCUUGCAGUCUAUCACUGAAUAUCAUGUGUACAGUUGCUUCCUAGUAACGGUUUUGUUUGAUUUAACUAGCUCCCUUGGAUAAUUUAAAAUUACAAACCUUUAUUAAAGUAAUUUAUUUCUACUUUUCACACUCUAUUAAACAAAUGAAAGAAUUACAGUACGCUAUUGUUUCUAAGGGUGGGUCUGUACGGGUCACUGCACUAGAACCCAAGGCACUGGGUGGAUCAUUACUGUGUUUCAUUACAGGAAAGUUAUUGCCCUGCUUCAUAGUCUGUAGGCUUUAAAUCUCACAUCAGAUGGGAGUUUAAUUGCACUUUGGUUUGGUUUUAAACUGCAAAAAGCUAAUCUGAAAGACACAAUAAAGCCCAGCAGCAUUAGGUAUUGUGAUUUAUCCCGAAGCCAAGCACUUACACAGCUCAUCUGUUUUGUAAAUGUUUUUUUCUUCAUCUAACAUUAUUACUUUGCAUAUUGAGAAAUAGCGACUUUACAUUACAAUAGCCCACACUUUAAACAAAUGGUUGGUUUGUUGCAUAGGUUUUGGUCGAGAAAGGUUUCUAAACUGCUUGUUGUGUACAAAAUGCAUGUUCUAAGUACUGGUGUAUUUUAAAUAUAUUUGUGUAGACGAACGUAAAA